AUGGAAAAAUGUUUGAGGGCACAAGGGUUCAAGGGGAACCCUUACAGGCUCCUCCAUGGCGACACGAAGGAAAUGGCCGACUUAAUUAGGGUUGCGAAAUCGAAACCUAUCAAAUUAUCAGACGAUAUAGUCCCCAGAGUUUUGCCUUUGCAUCAUCAUAUUAUCAAAACGUACGGAAAGGCUUCAUACAUAUGGAUUGGGCCAGUUGCGAGAUUAAUAAUCUUGGACCCACAGCUAAUCAAAGAAAUCCUGAACAAUAAUGGCAUCUUCAAAAAGCCCAUCCCAAACCCGUUAGCUAAAUUCCUCGUGUCCGGGUUAUCGGGUUAUGAGGAUGAAAAAUGGGCCAAGCAUAGGAAAAUCAUUAAUCCAGCUUUCUAUCUCGAGAAUCUCAAGAAGAUGGUGCCCGCUAUGCGUGAAAGCUGCAUGAAGAUGAUACGAGAUUGGGAAGAGAGAAUAAUGGGAGAAGAUAAUGAGAGGGUAGAAAUGGAUGUGGGCCCACAUUUGUCGGACUUGGGCUGCGAUCUUAUGCUUCGAACCGCUUUCGGAGGGUCCGAUGAAGAAGGGUUGAGGAUUUUCCAGCUUCAGAAGGAGCAAGCUGAGCUCACCCGUCAGGUUUUGCAGUCUGUUUACAUUCCUGGAUGGAGGUUUGUGCCAACAAAGAGAAACAGGAGGCUGAAGGUAAUCAACACACUUUUAUGCACCUCAGUGAAGAACAUCAUCAAACAAAGAGAAUUAAAAAGAGAAGAAUAUUUAUUACAAUCACAAAAAGAUAAUAUUAUUAGAGAAAAUAAUAAUAAUAAUAAUAAUAACGACUUGUUGGGCCUCCUUUUAAAGUCCAACAACAAACAAAUCCAAGAAAAUGGGAAAGCACAUGGUAUUACCAUUGAUGAAGUUGUUGAAGAAUGCAAGAAUUUCUAUCUAUCGGGCCAUGAAAGUAUCUCGAAUCUUUUGCUUUGGACAAUGCUUAUGUUGGCCAUUCAUCGAGACUGGCAAGAACGAGCCCGAGAAGAGGUUUUUCGAGUUUUCGGACACGACGAGCCUGAUUUUGACGGCUUGAGUCGACUCAAAAUAGUGACUAUGAUUUUAUACGAGGUUUUACGACUAUACCCACCUGCCGUAAUAUUCAACCGAACGAUCCACCGAGAAACAAAGCUGGCCGGAAUCACUCUCCCGGCUGGAGUCCACCUCCUCUUGCCCGUGAUCUUGAUCCACCACGACCCGGAACUCUGGGGUCGGGACGUGAAGGAAUUCAAACCCGAACGGUUUUCCCAAGGGGUCGCUAAGGCAACCCAAAACCGGCUUUCGUUCUUCCCCUUUAGCUGGGGCCCACGCAACUGCAUCGCCAAUAAUUUCACCCUUAUGGAAACAAAGGUGGCCUUAGCGUUGAUCCUUGCUCGAUUUUCUUUCGAGCUUUCCCCGUCGUAUAUCCACGCGCCGUCGUACGUAGUAACACUCCAACCACAGUUUGGGGUUCACCUAAUGUUGACUCGAAUUCGGCCCGACGGGUCGACGUGA